CCUUUGAAUAUUAACCCCAACAACAAACUAGGUCUCAUCGUCAUCACUUUUCCUCACCUCACAGCACCCGUGUCGUCGCUACUCCUCAUCAUAGCUCCUCCUCGCGCGACGCCGUACCCCACCCUCCUCCUCGCACGUUGCUGUCGACCCCCUCCACGCCUCUCGCCGGAAUUAGAAGAGCUACACUAGUUCUCAAGCACACUGUAUUGUGUAUUCUAUCGAAUCCCGCAAAUAGCUGCAGUGAACUGCAACAAGAGGUAAACCAGGUCCCUCUGAUUUUCCAAUUCCACCACCACUUCACCGAGAGCAACAGGUUUGAUUUUCUAAGGGAACACAAAGCCACUUUAAAAAGCCCGUUCUUCUGGUGAGCCGCCGCGCCAGAGGCUAGGUACAAGAGUUAUUAUUCUAUUGGGGGCGUAAUAGAGAGAAAACUGUAGGAAUUGUGAAAUAACAUCAGUUCUUCUAAUGAACAGAGGACAGUGAUCCUUACUACUUAUACAAUGUCGGUUCUAUGCUAGAUUGCUCGAGGCCAGUUCUGGAGGUACUAUGAAGGGUAAAGCUUACUCGAGAUCUCUGUUUACAAUCCAGAGUUGUAACGUUGAUUUUUUUAAGUAUCAUUGUAAUAUACUACUAAGGCCUUACACAAAUGCUUAUUUGUUCUCAACAACAACUGAAAGUUCCACCAGAUCAUCCCCACUGUUAGGUAAUAGAGUAGAGGAAGAUGAAGUGGUGGGAUCCCCAAAAUGUUCUACUGAAGUUUUGAGGAAUUUUGGCUGUAGUGAAAUCGACAUACAGAAAAUCUUCUCCCGGCAGCCAUCAUUGCGCAAUGCUUUUGCCUCUCCUCUCGAUCACAAGCUUUAUUUGCUCCGUAAAUUGGGUAUAAAGUCAUCUGAAUUGAUAAAGAUUAUUAACUGUCGUCCACGCUUUUUGAAUUGUGGGCUUAAUAAGUACUUUGAUGAACGGCUUGACAAUCUGGAGUCUCUAUUUGGGUCAAGGGAACUUCUCACUAAAGCUAUUGUUAGAAAUCCGUCACUUCUGCUCUACGACUUCGAGAAGAAAGUUGUACCCGUCUUUUCAUUGUAUGAGGAAUUGGGUCUCAGUAGAAGCGAUAUGAUAUCGAUGCUCAUGCUUCGGCCUACAUUGAUUCCACGAACUCAUAUGACCCCCGAGAAAUUGGAUUACAUACACAGGACUGGAAUCAGUAGUGAAUCAAAAAUGUACAAGUAUGUAGUGACUAUAAUUGGUGUGUCACGUUCUGAUACUAUCCGUGAAAAGGUUGCAAAUUUUGAGAGGUUUGGUUUCUCAGAGGAUGAGGUGUUGCAAUUUUUUGGUCGAUCUCCACUAUUGCUUACUCUUUCUGUGGAAAAAGUUCAAAGAAGUAUGACAUUUGUGAUGGGUACCAUGAAGUUACCUGCAAAAACAGUAUGUGAUUACCCCUUUUUGCUGUUUUGUAGCUUGGAAGUUUUGUUGAAACCUCGAGUACUCUUGGUGAGUAAGAUACGAGAUAUGGGUCUCGGCCCACAGAUUGACGUAUGUAGGAUGAUGACGGCAUUGAGGAUGUCUGAACAAAGGUUCCUGAAGGUGUUCGUGAAUUGCCAGAAGGAGGAAGUCAGAAAUGAGUUACUGUUAUAUUAUAGAGCUUCUCAAGGCAUCAGGCGCUUGGCAGAAACAUCAAGGAAAGUUUCAUCUGUUGGAUUUCCUUUCUGAAGUUGCUUAUUCGAUCUAUAUUCGGGAAUUCGUAGCACUUUGAUAAAGCAAUGAAUGUAUUAUUCCUCUGCCUGUUUGAGUCAGAUUUAGCAAUGAACUUAUUUCACUGCUCGAGUCUCGGGAUAUGUAUUGUAAGAAUCUUGGGAUUAGUCCUUGCUCACCCCCCAUCCCUCUUACUUAAAGCAGUAACCAAUACAAGGGCAUUUGUAUCAAUUUAGGAUUAUCACUAGUUUUUUUUUUCCGGCGAUGCCUCGAGUUAGUUACAAUAAACAAAUAUGUUAUUUUUAAAUUUUAUAAUUUGUUUUGCCA